CCGAGCUCACGCGGCGUGCGGAGGCCGCCCCCUGGCGGCGGGUGGUGCCGCCCCUCCCUCCGCCUCCCCUCCCUCCUCCCUCCAUGCCCGCUCCGGCUGUCGGGUCGCGGCCGCCCCGGCUCCAAGAUGGCGCAGGCGAUCUUCGAGGCGCUGGAAGGAAUGGAUAAUCAGACGGUCCUGGCUGUGCAGUCCUUGCUGGAUGGUCAAGGAGGUGUAUCAGAUCCAUCUGCUCAAAAUGUCAAUGCAGCUGCCCCCAUCCAGCCCAUGGAUGAUGAAGAUGUGUUCCUGUGUGGGAAGUGCAAGAAGCAGUUCAACUCCUUGCCUGCCUUCAUGACCCACAAGAGAGAGCAGUGCCAGGGAAACACCCCUUCCCUCUCCACAGUCUCACUGGCCACCAACAGUGUGUACACCCCUUCCAUCACGUCGGUGCAGCAGGCUCCGAGCACGAGCCGACAGCAAAUUUCUACAUACAUCACCGUUCCUCCGUCGCCUUUGAUUCAGACCUUGGUGCAGGGGAACAUCUUGGUUAGUGAUGAGGUGCUGAUGUCAGCCAUGUCUGCUUUUACAUCCUUGGACCAACCCAUGCCAGCGGUGCAGCCCCCAGUACAGAGCAGCUUAAGUAUGCAUGCUGGGGCUGGUUACCUCUCACAGCCCCCUCCGCCUCCACCUCCCCCUCCACCACCUCCUCCACAACCUCCACCACCCCCCCCUCCAAGCCUGGGGGCUCCGGGGCAGCCCAACACCGGCAGCGGCGUGGUUGAAGUGUACAGUGCUCCUGCAGCCAUGGCAGCAAACAGCUCAGUGGAGAUCCAGGCGCUGGGGAUGCAGCCAUACCCAGCCAUGGAGGUACCAAGCCAGUGUGUGGAAAGUCCUGUGUACCCCUCUCCCCCUGUGUACAGCCCUGGGAAGCAGGGGUUCAAGCCCAAGAGUGCCAGCGUUCCCACACCUUUGACCAGUGCAGGAGGAGGCAACGUGGUUGGUUUUGAUUCCACCUCAGCUGUCAAAAGUAGACGUUCCAAAAGUGAGAGUGGGCUGCAGGAAGGGAAACCCAAGUCCCCAAAGCUGAAAUGCACUUACUGUGACAAGGCGUUUACCAAGAACUUUGACCUGCAACAGCACAUCAGAAGUCACACAGGUGAGAAGCCCUUCCAGUGCAUUGUGUGUGGCCGAGCCUUCGCCCAGAAGUCCAAUGUGAAGAAACACAUGCAGACCCAUAAAGUGUGGCCUCCAGGACUAGGAUGCACCAUCUCCCGCAACUCCAUCACUGUGCAGGUCAUGGCCUUGAACCCCAACCAGGCAGAGGAUGAGGAGAACGCAGGUUUGACUCAACCCUCUAGGAACCCUGCACAACCUCCCCAAGACAUGAGCCCCAUGGAGGAGAGUGAUGCUGGCAAACUGGAAGCCAAACAGGUUGUCUUGAUCGACAGCUCUUACCAGUGCCAGUUUUGUCCCAGCAAAUUCAACACCUAUUUCCAGCUCAAAUCGCACAUGACACAGCACAAGAAUGAACAGGUGUACAAGUGUGUGGUGAAAAGCUGCGCUCAGACCUUCCAGAAGCUGGAAUCUUUCCUCGACCACAUCAAGAGCCACCAGGAGGAGCUGAGUUAUCGCUGCCACCUCUGCAGCAAGGACUUCCCCUCCCUGUAUGAGCUGGGCGUCCACCAGUACUCGCACAGCCUGCUGCCCCAACACAGCCCCAAGAAGGACGUGGCCGUGUACAAAUGUGUGAAGUGUGUAAACAAGUACUCCACUCCUGAAGCCCUGGAGCACCAUCUGCAGACAGCAACGCACAACUUCCCCUGCCCUCACUGCCAGAAGGUGUUCCCCUGUGAGAGGUACCUGCGUCGCCACAUCCCCACCCACGGCGGAGGCAGCAAGUUCAAGUGCCAGAUCUGCAAGAAGUUCUUUCGCCGGGAGCACUACCUCAAGCUGCAUGCCCACAUCCAUUCAGGUGAAAAGCCCUUUAAAUGCUCGGUGUGUGAUGCAGCUUUCAAUCGGAAAGACAAACUCAAGAGGCACAUGCUGAUCCACGAACCUUUCAAGAAGUACAAAUGUCCUUUUUCAAGCCACACAGGCUGCAAUAAAGAGUUCAACAGGCCUGACAAGCUGAAAGCUCAUAUACUGUCCCAUUCAGGGAUGAAGAUCCACAAGUGCCAGUACUGUAACAAGUCCUUCAGCCGACGAGCCCACAUGAUGGAGCAUCAGCGCUCGCACACCGGCAACUACAAAUACCGCUGCCCCACCUGCAGCAAAGGCUUCACUCGCCACAAGUACAUGAAGGACCACAAGUGCCGGCUGGGCUCACCCAAGGACAAAGACCUGCAGCUCAGGAAGCCCCAGAAGAAACGGGUGGUGCGGGGACGCAAAGCGGGCCUUUCCCUUCCCAACCAGCUGGCUCUGGGAGAGCUGAAGGACAGUGCUGCUGGGGAAAGCCCCCAGGAAGAUGUCCCUAACAAAGAGCCAUUCCAGGAGUCGGAUGCUGUUCUGUCCAUUGUGGUUGGUGGGUCAGGAGCUGCUGACUCAGACCUUGUCGUUCCUGGGCAGCCCAGCAGUAUUGCAUCCAAUUUGUCCUUGGCAGAACUGCAGGCUGCAUCGGAUGGCCCCUGCACCAUGCUGGCUGUCCCUGUUUACAUCCAGACUGAGUGAUCAUGUGUAGAGCCACUGUGUGGCUCAGGGCUGCUGCUGGGAUUGUCAGACUUGGUGCUGAAAUUUAUCCUGGUGAAAAAGACCAAAGCUCUUGUGGGAAGUAGAUGGAUAUGGGAGAAAAUGGCUUUCAUUUCCAUUUGAUCUUCCCAUCCAUGGGCGAAGGACUUCUUGGAAGCCACUGAUGGCUACAAGGCACUGAAGAGAAUGGCUCCGUUUUUUUCUUGUCCCUCUGCAUCACUGGUCAGUUAAGGGCAAGAAAGACUAAGAUCCCUGAAUCAGGGUGAGAAGGAGGAGCAUAUAAACUUGCAACAAACAGAGCUGCUGAAAUCAGGUGGCUUUGCAAAUCACAGCCUGUCCCAUCUGUGGUUUUUCUGGCCUAAAAGCUAUAUUGCCCAGUAUUUGGGUGCCCUUUUCAAGAGCAAACAAAUGAUCCUUCCUAGUGGAAGCAAGUUCAUUGUGAGAUCCUUUGGGAACACUGUUCAGAAAUAUUCUGAUAGACUUUUCUGGUAUCUUUCUCUGCUCUUAUCAGUAAAAAGAACACCUUGUCUAUAUGUCAUGUGUUGUAAACUGUGUGGAGUCAGUGGGUGGGAGUAACUGUGUAUGGUGCUGGGUGUGCACAUGUGUAUUAGGUCCUUUCUGCUUGAUGUUCCUUUCAUGGUGUUCUUUUCACAUUUUUCUCCGUAUCUGAGAAUCUCCAAGUGCCUGAGGUAUUAAUGAGUCAGUCCUUUUAACAGUUAAAUAUGAUACCUCCUAUGUACAAUGAGAGAAACUUAGGCCUGGGUGAGGUCUGCUGCCUAGGGUCACACAGGAAACCUACGAUACAUCUAUGGCCCAGUUUUCUAGCAUCUGCUCUGGACCAAGUGCUGCAGGAUACCUCUGUGCACGUCUCCUGUUGUUCCCAGUCUGUAUGUGCCCUUAGCUCAGUUUUAUGGGUCAGUUAAUAAUUUCAGUUGAUCAUUGACAGAUGGGAAGUCAGUAUGAUCCGGGAGCAAGGAAAUCCUGCUACUAGAGCAUUUUCUGUCAUCCACUUGGAUUCUUCUGUCUGAUUUCCCAAGUAAGAGAUUCAAAGCUGACAUGGGAACACCAAACCAGGACACCUAAUGAGAGGGAACUGAAAAUUACCAUUGUGUAAUGUUGGGAGAGGAGCUGUGUGGGCAGAUGUGGAGCCCAGAGUCGGUAGGAGAGAAGUUUAGUGUGCUGCUGCCAUCUGCACUGGCCUGUUGGGCUCCCUCUUCCUUUACAAACCACGUUGUCUUUAUUUUUGUGCUGCUAUCCAGUGGUCCUGGUAGUUGGAGAAGAGAGCUGGACUCUGGAGAAUAUCCCUACUGCUUCCAGGUCUACCUGGGACACACUGUCUCCAUACUCUGCUCUCCACUGUUGUUUUUUUCAUUUGUUUGUUUUUUCUUUCUCUGUGUAUGGGUAAGCUGAGCUUCCCUUGGUAAAUUUUCUGUGAUUAACUGCUUCUUUAUAGGUGUGAAAACACUGCAUUUCCAGCCUGGGGGUGAUGUGGGGCAGAGCAUGAAUUCAGUGGAGCUGACAGCCUGGCUGUGAAGUCCCUGCCUCACCUACUGCUUCCAAAUGGAUUUUUGGCCACCAGAGCAGUCAACCCAGUGUCACUGGUCUGACUGGUCUCACCACGGUGCUUGGCUGCUGCCUGCCUGAGCUCCAGGCACUCCUCCUGUCUCCUUGCAGAGACUCUGAAAACAGGGAGUUUGCAGGAGAGGAGAUAGAGCCGCACUGUUCAGGGGUGCACAGCAGCAGGGCAGGAAGGUAGAGAUGUGCUGGAAAUUCAGACUCAGUGUAGAGGGAUUUCUUCCAAGAGGGUGGUCAGGCACUGGAACAAGGUUGUGGAGAGGCAGUGGGGUGUCGGUACCGGGUUGUACUCAAAGCUCAGCAAGGCCCUGAGCAUCCUGCUCUGAGUGGGCAUACUUAGGAGUUAGGGCAAGUGCUUCUGUGCAAUCUCUCUUCUGUUGAAAAGGGCAGAGGUUAUUUGCCCAUAAUGUUUUAAAGACAGUUCUUGCAGGAAAGGAAACAGAUUGCUAAAUAUGCUGUCCCUAUUUUGCUGCUCUCUUUACCCACAGUGUACGGUGUCAUUAUGUGGCUCCAGGUGCUGGCUGCAGUGCUGCACUCAGGUCUAUUUUGAGACAACAACGUGUGGUGCAGCUCUCCUCCAGCUUGGAGGGCAGUCUGGAGGAAUGGCCGUUCCCUUCUGGGCCCUGCUUUCUUCCAGCUCUGCUCACAGAUCAAUCUGUUGAAAUGAGGUGCUUGAGCUGGUUUCUACUCGCUACACUGAAUGCAAUUCAAAGGUCAGCAGCAGAACCACAAUACAGCUCCACCUGUGACCGUGGGAUACAAGAGCUGAAAUGCUGAGCUGUCCUGUUUGCAUGUGUGGUGGUGGUACACAGAGUAAGCGUUUCACAUUACCAUAAAGUUUUAUCUUUAACAUAACAAUUAUCCUCUGAGUAAAUCUCAGAGUGAUUGUGUAAGAUAAUGUAACAGAGGACCCUGAUCAGAAGAGAAGCUGGGCUGGGUGACUGUAUAGAUCUUGCCUUCAGAAGCUCUGUGGCUGCGAGCCUUAUGCAU